UUGGCUUCCAUAUUUAUAUUUAUCUGCUCAACUAGCUUGAUAUCAAAAGUACAGACUAUAAAAAUUAAAAUUAAAAUUAAAUAAAGAGCAUAAAUGCCGACACUCUAGGAUUUCCAGCUGUGACCCUGAAAAGCAUAACUGAACCCUAACUGCGGUUAAGCAAUUAACCAUGGUUACUUCCCUCAACCACAAUUAAUACCACCAUCUCUGCAACUCUCAUCCCCAUCUUUGAGAUCUUGCUUCGCCAUGGGUGCACUUCAUAUUCUCCUGUUAGUAACGGCGUCCAUGAUUGCCGUUUCCUCCACCGUCACCACCGCCCACAACAUCACCGAGAUCCUUGCCGGUCACCCGGAGUACAGCGAUUUCAACAGAUACCUCUCUCAGACUAAGCUCGCCGACGAGAUCAACUCCCGAACCACCAUCACCGUUCUGGUUCCCAGUAACGGCGCUUUCUCUGCCGUUACAGCCAAUCACUCACUUUCCACCAUCAAAAACAUUCUCGAGCUCCACGUCUUGCUUGACUACUGGGAUGGAGGUAAGCUCCAUGAUAUGACCAAAGGUACAAGCAUGAGCACCACCUUGUACCAGACCACCGGAAGUGCCCAGGGAAUCGCCGGCACCCUCAACAUUACCGAUCAGAAAGGUGGGAAGGUUGGGUUCGGAUCUGCUCUUCCCAAAUCGCCUAUCACCUCUCAUUACGUCAAGGAGAUUAAGAAAAUUCCGUAUAAUAUAUCCGUGGUUCAGAUCGACGAGCCUAUCAUUGUCCAGGCGGUCGUCGAUGCUGCGGCUCCGACGGGUUCCGAUUUCAACAUCACCGCCGCCCUCGAGAAGGCUGGGUGUAAGACUUUCGCAGGCUUGUUGAUUUCUUCCGGCGUUAUUAAGAAUUUUGAGAAGAAUGUCGACACAGGGUUGACCGUCUUUGCCCCCAACGAUGAGGCUUUCAAGGAGGACAGCUUGCCGGAUCUGAGUAAACUUAGCAAUGCCGAUCUGGUUGCGCUCUUACAGUAUCACGCCGUCGGGGGGUACACUCCGAUGGGGACGUUGAAGACCUCGAAGGAACCCCUUUCCACUCUCGCUGCUAGCGGCGCCGGAAAGUAUGUGCUCGGUACGAAGAAGGAUGGAGACUCCGUCAGUCUCACCACCGGCGUGGAUUCGUCGAAGGUUGCUUCAACGGUGAUAGAUUCGACGCCGCUCUGCAUCUUCACCGUCGACAAUGUGCUCCUCCCUACUGAGCUCUUCGGGAAUGCGCCUUCUCCGGCUCCGGCGCUCUCUCCAGAUGUCUCUCCUGCACCGGCGCCUGAAGUUUCGGACGCCCCAAGUCCGUCUGUGGCAGAUGCUCCGGCUCCCUCCCUCUCUCCACCCGCUCCUCCGACCUCGUCUCCCGGCGGCGCUCCGGCGGAUAGCCCAGCAGAUGAUUCCGAGAACAGCACCGGCAGCCAGAACGACGCCGGCAGCUUUGUUCCGUCGCUUUUCACCGUGCUUUCAGUGUCAGUGCCGAUGUUUGCAUUCAUUUACAUGUCCUAAUCUGUCAUUUUGUAUGAUACAGUAAUUAUUCGCUUAAAUUAUUUCACCCUUUUUGUUGUUCUGCUUUUUUACCUUGUGUGUGGAUUUGAAUCUGGAGAGAGAGGGGUUUUCACUUCUCAUAUUUACAUUCAUUUAUUUACGUGGAAAUUUAAUGUAUGUUUGGUUGAGAUUAAAUAGAAUCAAGAUAAGAUUGUUUUAGGACUACUGUUUUGUGCUAAACUAUCGCUGAUCAGCCAACCUUUGAAAUGAUGAUAGGAUUUGAACGAAAAUAAAAAUUAUGAAUAAAAAUGUGACUCUUGAAAAUUGCUUA